AUGAAAGUUCUACUGUACAUCGCUUGCCUGGCUACAACAGCCUUCGGUUUGACCGAUGAUGAAAGAACAGCCACUGUCGAGUUCCACAAUGAGAAGAAACGUCUGAUAGCCGCGGGACAACAAGCGGCCUUAAAUGGCGUAUUACCAGCCGCGGCGAACAUGUAUGAAUAUGGCUACGAUGCAACGGUUGAAGCUUCUGCUCAAGCCUGGGCCAACAACUGCACUUUUGAACAUAAUGGUUACGCUGGAGGACAGAACUUAUACGCCGUCUCGGCAUCUGAUGGCAACUACACUGAACUUCUUCAGAACUCUGUCAACAGUUGGUAUAGUGAAAUUGCCAACUUCAAUAUCAGCAACGUCAACGACUUUGAAGUAGACCCUAACUUAGUAACUGGACAUUUUACUCAGGUAUGUUUAUGUAUCCUUUAAGGCUUUGUACAUAACACAGAGAAAAACAGUUUAAUGAACACAAAGUCAAUGAGAUGUAUUGUUACUUUGUUUUAGGUAAUCUGGGCCACCUCCUACCUAGUUGGAUGUGGUAUCACGCAAUGUGCAACAUUUACUAACAUGGAUGGUUAUGACAAUGGAUACAUUGUUGUUUGCAACUACCAAACACAAGGAAACAUAAUAAGUGAGCCAGUAUACCUUACCGGCGAUGCAUGCUCUCAAUGUCCAAGUGAUAGAUACUGCGUCGACUCAUUGUGCGCUAUUAACCCUAACGCAACCACCACUGAAGCCACUUCGACCACAACCACAACAACUACCACUGCAGCGCCUCAAACUGAAAUGUACGACAGUGAUCGUACUUUUGUCGUCGAUUACCACAACGACUACAGACGUACCGUAGCGUUGGGCGAACAAGCUGGUUCUAAUGGUAAUUUGCCAAGCGCUGCUAACAUGCUGGAACUUGUGUACGAUACUGACAUUGAGGCUGAUGCCCAGGCUUGGGCUAACAACUGCAGUUUCGGUUACUCAAGCUAUGCUGGAGGUCAAAAUAUGAUUCUUUACGAAACCAGUAGCAGCAGCUCUCAAAAUUACACCGUUCUUCUCAAAGCGGCCGUUGAUGAGUUUGUCAGCCAAGCCAGCAGCUUCAACACCAGCUACGUUGCCGACUAUUCAUCAGACGCAGGCAGCUUGUUCAGUCAAGUAAGGGUUUCAAACAAUCCUUUAUCAAACGGCCAACAAAUUUUUAAAAAUGAUUUUGUUUAAAUUCAUGAAAUUAGUAGUGUUUUGUACAAAGAUAACAUUAUAUUUUUAGGUAAUCUGGGCCAACACCUCCAGCCUUGGUUGUGGAGUACAAGCUUGCCCAAACUAUGACUCUACUGGAUUCUACGCUUACAUGGUCGUAUGUUUCUACCAGGGAGCCGGCGAUAUCGCAGGCCAGCCUAUCUAUACUCAAGGUGACUCUUGUUCCCAAUGUCCUAGCGGUACAACUUGUGACAAUGGAUUGUGUGCUACUUCUUAA